AUGGGAAUGAUUUGUUGUAACUGCUCACUUAUAAAAAAUGAGGGUGCAAUCUCAACCUAUGAGGUAUCUGACACUGUGCAAAUUGAAAACUUCACCAAAGACGUAAAGGUUUGCGUUUAUUUCAAUAUUGAGGAGUUUGAGCUGAAAUGCACUUGUGCUUUGUUCGAGACUCGAGGCAUUUUAUGUAGGCAUACAUUUUCUGUGUUUAGAGCCCAAUGCGGUGACACAUCAUUACCGUCUAAGUAUAUCUUAGACCGUUGGAGGAAGGACUUGGCGUGCAACUACACACUUAUUAAGAGUAGUUAUGACAAUUUACGUGCCAAUCCUGAUACACAGAGGCAUGAUCAUCUUAUGAGUUUGUUUUCUGAGGUAGCAAAACUUAUAUCGAGAAAUGAGGAGCGUUACUCGAACAUGGUGGACCAUUUACUCGAUGUCAAAGACCAAUGUAGUGACUUAAUGUGUGAACCAAGGCCUUCAGAGCAAAUAGUUCCCACUAAUAGAAGUGCAAAAAAGGGUAAAAAAGUCCUUAGUCCAAAUGUUGUGAGAGGUAAAGGAAGGCCGCCGACACGAUGGAAAGUUUCCACGUUGAAAAGUCUGUAA